AUGAUAUUAAACCAGAUCUCGUAUCUGGAUUGCAUUGCCUUCCUCAUCUUCCUUGCUCCUCAAUUGCUCAUCCGAGUGGGUCUGGUGGAAACAGUUUCUUGUGUCGUAGCUGCAUUGCCCUUCUUUCUGGUUCAACUGCCAUAUUCAUUCAUCAAAGAACGAUUCUUUACUCCCUACGAACAAAAGUCUGCUUUCAAUCAACACGCCACUCCUUUCCAGGACUUCGUAAUUCGCUGUGUUCGCUAUGCUUUUGCAAAGAUCCCGGCCAAUAUUGGCAAGGUUUUCUUCUCUAAGGGUGUUGCGUUGCCCUUUNUCUGGUUCCGUAUGUUGAGACAUGGAUAUCUCAAAUCUGCUAUCCCAUGGCGUGAGGUUAAGAAACCUGGUCUUCAUGGUAUCUGGAUGAUUUGUGAUGAGAAUAAGAAACCGGAUAUUGUGAUUUACUAUUGUCAUGGUGAGUCCUCAGAUAUCUUUGAGAAACAGAAACAUGCUGACAAGUCCUAUANNGGUGGUGGCUUUUCGAUGGGAAGCAGUUUCUUCUACCUCGAAUUCCUUCUCGCGUGGGUCAGCAUCCUCAAAGAGUCAGGCUACUCUAAUCCCGCCCUCUUUGCUCUCGAGUACACUCUAGUCCCCGAGACCACCUACCCAACUCAAGUCCACGAGACUUUAGUUGGUUACGAAUACGUUCUCUCCAAGAUCUCGGACUCGUCGCGUAUAGUCGUCAGCGGUGACUCGGCAGGUGCAACGCUAAUGCUCAGUCUUACGCUUUACAUGUCUCAGGAGCCAAAGCUGCGCACUCAAUUGCCAGGUUUGGGUAUCAUGAUUUCACCUUGGGCUGUCAUUGUAUCGCCGAAGAACAAAGAUACGCCGAGCGACUAUCUCAACGCCGAGUCUUUGCAUCUUUACGGCGGCCAAUAUGUUGGUUCCAAGGCUUCUGCUUCAGACCCUCUGGUCUCGCCUGGUAAAUGCAGAGACAGGGAAUGGUGGAGGCGAGCUUCGCCAAGCAAAGGCUGGAUGUUCAUCUACGGUGCUGAAGAGGUAUUCGCACCCGAGACUGUUGAGUUAGUCGAUUUCCUGAAGGACGAAGUGAAUACCGAAGUAAGCGUGCAUGAGGAGAAAGGAUGGAUCCACGCAUGGCCAGUGGUGAAGCUCUUCCUAUCUGAUGGGCAAAAGGAGAGGCAGAGUGGAUUGAGGAGUAUGACGAAGGUUAUACGAAACAGACUGAGAUAA